AAAAGGAAAACAACAAUGUUAAAACAUGUGAGGCUUGUGGGUCAUUCCUGACAAAUCCUCUAGUUGACCAGGGGGUCAUACCGCAGUCAAUGGCGCAGGUGUUGGUGCCACCGCCACAAAAAACAACGGGAAAAUUAAAAUCUUCACGAAUUGUGACCGAGGGCCGGGUUAUAAGUGGCGAUGAAAUGCUGAAAAAAUUAGAAGAGAAGGAGGAGGUCAUGCGACGCCAGAUGGAGGAAAAGGAGGAGAGGUUGAGGUUAAAAGAACAAAGGAAACAGCAGAAAGAAAAAGAAGAAGAGAAAGUUGAGAAGAAGAAACGACGGGAGGAAGAAAAGAAAAAGAAGGAACAAGAACUUAAGGAGGAGCGAAUGAAGAAGGCUGUUGGUGGCCGCUUAGCACAUAAACGUUUUACCUGUGCUGUGUGUGGGGAGAGAGGGCGUGUGAAUGACGAAGUGAAUGAAGUUAUGUGGUAUGGGUGCGAUGAUGGUAUGUGUGGGCGUUGGUAUCAUGAGGAGUGCUUGGGUCAGAGUGAGAAUGAGUAUCUGAAGGAGAGUGAAAGUGAUGGAAUGCCUUGGUAUUGUGUCGUAUGUAAACUGUGGUUGUAUGAGGAAGAGUAAGAGUACGAGAAAUUGUGAUGUUAAGAUUAUGUCUGAAUGUAUUUCUUUAAUUAAUUUAAUAAUUAUAAACAUUCCCGCCGAGAUCGUAAAUUACAAAUGUUAUAGAUUCUAUAUCGAGAAAAAAUCCCCUUUAAGAGCCCUUGUAAAUUUGGUUAUUUCCUUUGAAAAAAGCAGUGGAAGUUAUCCCCCUUUGCAACCUUGACCUCGUCUACAUGCCGAUUAGGUAGCACUCCACAAUUAAUUUCAAGUUCCUGUCGUCAAUGUCCUACAAGCAAUACGUCUAAUAAUUCUGAUACCAAACUACACAACCUGGAAAAAGAAAACACACUUUGUUGAGAACAUAUAUGACAUAAAAUUGCAAAUCUACAAAGAAAUUAUCCCAUCUGCAAUAGGCAGGCAGUCAAAAAAGUUGCAAUUCAUUCCGCUGAAGCCCAAAAUCUACAGUGGCCCGAGACCCAAAACAACACAUUUCGUCCCCCUGGCAAAAAUAUCUGCAAAUAUACAGGCUAAAAGAACACCGUCUCUGCUUUAGCAACUCCCUAUACAUGCAAAAUAUCACAAAGAAACAAGUCCUCAACAUUGUAGAUUUUUUGCUACUGCUCAAAGUUUGUAUCCCCCUGUUAAAUGACUUCUUUUUACCGUGCAUGCUGUUUAAAAGCAAUGUUUACAAAAAAUGGCGGCCUUGACAUAUAUAAUCAACAGCAUGUGAUUUCUGGCCAUGUUUUCGAAUUUGCCAGUGAUCAUAUUACAUGUCUUCAUGCUGAAAAUGCAUUUUAAAGACAACCAGUCAUUUAAAUCCAGAAUAUUCACUACAUCCAAGAAAUCCUCCCUGGCCAUUCGAAGCUGUGGCUUACAUUACUGUGGUGUGCUACCUUACACUAAGCAGGCGCGUUGUCUGGGAACAAAUAUGUUAAGUGCAAAUUUAUAGACACAAGGUGAAAGCAAGUUAAAAAGAAAUACAAGACUGAGAUAAAAGUUAAAAUCAAAGCUGGCUUAGAACUGGUAAAAAGGAAGCAGCUGCCCAGUACAGAGGUCUAAACUGGGACUAGUUUGCAGCUAUAUAAGGACAAUGGAUAGGCCAUUCCACAGACGAAUACUUCUGGGGAAAAAUGAACAGGAGUGAUACUGUGUCCUUGAAUAUGGUAUUAGGUAGUUCAGGUUCUAGUGGGGUGUCAGGUGGUGAUGGUCGACCCUCACAAGAUUGUGUUGCCAGUGUCUUCAAGUGUGUCCUGCUAAUGAUGAACAAAUCACAUUUAAAAAGGGAAUGCAUGGUAAACAUUUACCUAAUUCAAAGAUGUGUCAGAAUGGAAUAAUCAAGUAACCAGAUAUCGUUGUUACAGUAGUACAAAUAGCAUUUUAGACUUUAUAAAUUUUGUCAAAUAUGAAAAAUCUGAUUCUCAUUCUUCAAUAAUAAUAAUAAUAUUGUCAGUCCUGUCCAGAUAGCCUUAUGAUUAUUGGGGGUCAGACCUUAAGGGUGUUGCUACACAGGGACCCUACUGUAUGCUGGAUAAAUUAAAUGUAUAUCUCUUAAAAAGACACAACCUGGAAGUUUUAAUUGUGUUUUAUACAUGUAUGAUGUUACUCAAACCAGUGUUGAGGUCAGGUUAAAUUGAAGUUAAAUUAAAAGAAUGGCCAAAUGUUUAUAUCAGAUAAUUUGUGUGUCAAGUACGUAAUCUAAAGCUAUUAUCCCAGUCCCACUUAUUGUAGUUUGGGCUUUUUUGAAAUGAAAUUUCAUAAAAAGAUGAAAUUUCACCACAGGCAUGUACAUUAAUAUAUAUGGAACUUGAUGAUUAUACAUUUCUUGUGCGAAGAAAAAUAUAAGAAAAGUAUUUGUAAUUUCUAUGAUGCUGUAAUUUCAAAUCAUUGCAAUGAAUUGUGACUUGAAUUAUAAACACACCCUUGAACUGGUUACAAGUAGAUUGGUUGGUUGCGGGUCGAAUAAUUGGGUUCUUGGUAAUUAUUUCAUCUUGCAGUUGAUUGCUGCACAAAAUAUCAUAGAAAAUUAUGUCUACUUAAAGAGACAAAAAAGAGAAGAAAAUGUAUUGGUUAUCCUGUUUAAAACUGACACUUAAGUAGUAAGUUCUACAAACAUCAAUCUGUCAUACUCCUAACAUUUUUACGGGUGUGAUAAAAAGGUAGUUAACAUCUGUAUCAAGUGAAACAUAACAACCUUUAGGUCACAGUUUCUUGUGAAAACUGCAAAAUUUACUUCUACACGUAUACAUAUAUAGGAACAUUAAAGAAUAUGUUGCUGUUUUUAGACCCUUUUUGUGUGGGAGAGUAGCUUAACACCCAAACUUAUUUUAAACCUCUUGUUCGCGACAUGUUUAUCUGUCAGUAUAAGUUGUUGAUGUUAACAACUUAAUUACUAAUGUUUCAGAAAUGUCUACUGCUGUCAAAUGAAAACAAUGUAUAUGAACAGA